CCGAUUCGUUUAACUCCAAAACUGCAAAUUCUGGAGGAGCAAAGUCAUUUAUCCGCACUGUUUCUCACUAGGCAACCCAUGAACAAAAUCACAGAUCUGAUCUGAAGAUAGUGUAAUCCACAGAAACACCUGAAAGCUUUUUAAGUAUCGAUUCAAACCGUAUUGAAACCUUAAUUCGCCUUCAAAUCCUCUUCUCGCCUGUAAAUAGGUACAAUUAAAGCUAAACAAUGUCAUCAUUUUUGCACCAGAGGCCUCUCCAUAGUGUACUCUCCGAUCCAUACCCAUUAUCACCACGCUAUUCCUUCAAUUCCCAAAGACAAAUUUCAAUAUUUAGCCGCACAGGCCUCAUAGUUUUGUUCUCUCUCAUGCUAAUUCUUGGGGUAUUCAUGCCAUGGACGGGGUUGCCUCAAGGAAUCUUCUCGGUGACUAAACCCUCUCUUACUAAAUGGCGUGAGUACACUCUGGCCCAAGCGGUGUCGUUUGUGGCCAAGAAUGGGACGGUGAUUGUUUGUGCAGUGAGCCAGCCUUACUUGCGGUUUCUUAACAACUGGUUGAUUAGUAUUGCAAGGCAAAAGCACCAAGACAAGGUCCUUGUCAUUGCUGAAGAUUAUGCCACGCUUUAUGAGAUCAAUGAGAGGUGGCCUGGCCAUGCCGUCCUUGUUCCCCCAGCUCCUGAUUCUCAAACUGCCCACAAGUUUGGAUCUCAGGGAUUCUUCAAUUUCACAUCCCGAAGACCUCGUCACCUGCUGCACAUUUUGGAGCUUGGGUAUAAUGUAAUGUACAAUGAUGUUGAUAUGGUCUGGUUAGGAGAUCCCUUCCCUUAUUUGCUGGGAAAGCACGAUGUGUACUUCACCGACGACAUGGCUGCUGUGAAGCCUCUGAACCACUCCCAUGAUUUACCACCUCCAGGUAAAAAGGGGCGCACUUAUAUAUGCAGUUGCAUGAUUUUCCUGCGCCCUACUGGUGGAGCAAAACUAGUUAUGAAGAAGUGGAUUGAGGAACUUCAAGCUCAGCCUUGGUCUAAAGCAAAGAAAUCAAAUGAUCAGCCUGCUUUUAACUGGGCAUUGAACAAAACUGCUGGGCAGGUGGAUCUAUACCUGCUGCCACAGGCAGCAUUCCCAACAGGAGGAUUGUACUUCAAGAACCAGACAUGGGUACAAGAAACCAAGGGAAAGCAUGUUAUCAUUCACAACAAUUACAUCACAGGUUUUGAGAAGAAGGUAAAGCGGUUUCGUGAUUUUGGCCUCUGGUUGGCAGAUGAUCAUUAUCAAGAGUCCCCACUUGGCAACUUAUGACAAGUUGAAAUACCUAUGAGCUAUUUUUGGAGGACCAGUCAUCAGUUUCUCAAACCCUGGAGAAAUGCAAGUUACAAAUUGGGGUUAUUUUCCACCAUCAACUGCCAGUCAUGUAAUCAUUUUGAAGAGUAUGGAGCAUUAAGCGUAUAGUGCUCAUUUCUUGAGUUCUUUUUUAGGGUUAUGGCCUUUUUUUUUU